AUGACACUACCGUCUAGAUAUGCCCGUGAAGGCCUUUCGCUGAAGGAUCAGCACCGCACAAUCACAUCGGGGAAACACACUCAAACGUCCUCGUACAGACUUCGGGUGACAGAGAAAAAAGAAACUCAAGUUGAUGCAGCUGACGGAAAUGAAAUACAAGAAAUUGAAAUGGAUGAAGUCCAUGAAAUGGACGAGCCGCUAGCAUUUACCGAACCAGAAACAAUACACACUCAUGACGAAUCAGAAUUCAACAAUAUGGAAUUAGAUACGUCAAUGCUACGGUCGGAGACAGUGAAUUUACGGGGAAAUAUGUCAUACUUGGUUAUCGACACUAAUUUCAUCUUAGCGCACCUUUCUUUGUUAAACGACUUAAAGGACAUUGGUGGAAUGUAUCUGCUAGUGAUUAUCAUACCAAAUGAGGUAAUUCGUGAGCUUGACGGUCUCAAGAAUUCUACUAGAACUGAAAAUGGUCAUUCCGUUGGGAAAUCGGCCAGAAAGGCUAAUGAUUGGAUCUACUACUGUUUAGCGGAGGGAAUUGACACUGUCCGCGGCCAAGCGCCAAAGGAGAGACUUAAUAAGUUGGCUAGUGGUGAUGAUGCUAUUCUAGAUUGCUGUGUUUUCUUGCAACAGCACUGUCCGAUGACACUACAGGUCCUUAUGUCUGAUGACAAAAACUUGUGCAUGAAGGCACUUCUGUCCAAGAUUUUGACCAUUUCAUAUCGAGAACGUAUGAGCGCACGAGACAUCGCAGAAAAAAUAUACUCCGAAAAUGUCAAUAAGUACGGAGAAUUGUCCGGGCAAACGCUAGUAAGAGAGGUGGAGGUCCCGGUUUUGCCCAACGUGGAUCUGCCAGAAACAAUUAUUGAAAAAGUUUACCAUGAGAUCGAAAUAAUUGUAGUUUCUAUUGUGAAACGUGCGAUUUCGGAAGAGUAUGGUGCAGAUCUUGACAUCCUUGUAGGCUAUAGCGAGGAGCAAAUUGUUUCGCUUCAAGCUGCAGAACAGGCCAUGAUCCGAUUUUGGCUCCCAGUGUUCAGUAACUUUCUUCCUAGAACGAUAGGAUCCAAAAACAUGCGCAACCACCUGGAACCUACGAUGUACUCGGAACCUACCAAUAUGAAGGAGCUUGCCGAGUUUGUUGAAUUGUGGACCUCGAUCUUGCAUCUGCUCUACAAGGCGUUAAUGACAGAGGAUCAACUAAAGUCUUUAGAGCUACUUGUAGAACGAUGGACUACCCUCGCACAUUCAUAG